CGGAUCGUACAGGGCGGUCGCGUCUUGCGCGCUGAGUGUUCGGGACGUUUCUGGGCGUCGACCCCCUCCCAGCAGCGGGUCUGGGGGGUCCAGAUCACUACGGCUGAAGUCAGGCACCAUGGCGGACACAGCACCUAAAAAAAGAAUCUAUAGCGAGGCGAAACACCAAGCAGACAGAGCUCGCUCCAAAACCAGAGUCAACCUGGGCUCAAUUUUCCACCGCUGGCGAGAAAUGAAGGAGAAGAUGGGGCUUAAAAGCGACGCACAGCUAGCCUGUAUUCUGUUGGACAAGUAGACAGGUGUGCCCUGAAGCCUCCACCUGUUUGGGAUGCAAGCUGCCAGACUGAUUUCCAUGACAGGAGAUCUGUAGGUACACAGCUCUCCAUGGGAACUUGGCAGCCUCAUCACAGAAGUCGAGUUUCUCAGGCAAGUGUGCCCUCCAUUACAAAUGGAGUUGGAGCCAUCAGUGUCCCUCGGAAGAAAACACAAGUGCCCUCCACCACUACACCUCCGGAGCCCCGACCAGCCAAAAGGCCUCAUUCAAAGCUUGAUGAGGCUGAUGUGACGGAGUUCAUGGACCCUGAAGAGAUUCCGGAGCCAGACAACCCAACCUAUAAUCCUGCUGACUCUGUCACUGUUCUUAUUGAGUCGACGUUUCUAUUGCAAGAACAAUCAAGCUCAAGAUUAACUGACAACAUGCCAGACGGCCACAUGUAUGAGGACUGCCUCCUUGAGCUCUUCGAAGUCUGUCCUGUCUGCCACGGGCUGUGUGAGGUGAAGACCAUGAAACAAGGGACUUUGCUGACUGUCGACCAGUUGUGUCCCCAUUGCCAGUACUCCAAGAAAUGGAAGAGCCAGCACCUCAUUGGGGAGAUCCCUGCCGGAAAUCUGCAGUCUUCUACCCCUAAGAAUUUUGUCUUCUCCUUCAUUGGAAUGCUCCGCAGGCUGCACCUCACUGCUACGCAUGUCAGCGAGAACGCUAACCGCCUUCAAGCAGCAACCGCUGGGGAAUCGGUCUACAAGGUCCGAUUGUCAAAAAUUAAGAAGGAAGAGUGCACCGUGCCAGUGAAGAAAGAGGCAACAUUUUGCCAUGUUGAUGACCUGAUGGAGCUCGUGAUUGAGGAUGUUCCCCAUGAUCCGACACCGUCCGUGAAAGAGCUGAAGAAGAUCCCUGUGCCUGAGGACCUCCACGCUCGAUGCGAUGUCCAACCAAAGGAGGAGUUGUCCCAGGGGGAGGUGCGGUCUGAGGCCCGUGUAGCCACAGUGGGCAUUGGGGAAUUCCUGUCGUACGCUGAGGACGACUCUCCGGGUGGUCACCGCCCUGAUCCCCGGGCCCAGAAAACCUCCAGCACCAGCUGACGAAGCUGCAGUACGCCAGAUCUCUCUAAUGACUUCUAGAAAUGGGGCGGGCUGUGAUGUUCUGUUGUGUCGCAGUAGCCUCGUGACAGGAACCUCACAGUGCUGCAGUGGGGAGAAAGUUGUGCUUGGUUUUCCUACAGGGGGCGCCGUUCUAGGCCAGUCAUCGUUGGACAGAGACAACAACUAGUCAACACCAUCCGCAGCUGAAACACACACACUAGGGGUGUCGCGAUAUACCGGUAUUGAUGAAAACUGGGAUUUUUCAAAAACCACAUACUGAUAUCAUGUUAAUCAUACAUACGUGAUAAUAUCGUGUAAGUAAUCCAGCGCCUCUAUAAAUCACGUCUGUUUCUUUCCGUUCUUGCUUGUUCUCCCUCCCCUAACACCACCUCCAACACACACACAGCCCUGACAUGACGCAGUCACUAGCUAGCGUCUCGAUCGCCCCAAUUAUGUUGUUAUAAAUAACAGGAAAUAUGUUUCCGGCUGUCAGUCUGUUUUCACCCACGCCCAGCAGUCCUGUCCACCAGGGAUACGGCUCUGAUGUACACGCCUUCCGAAAGACCGGCCCCUUACGUUCCUUCAUGACGAGUCGCACAAGUCAGUAUGGCGACUGGCGCGUUUUAAUUCUCUGCUUUGCAGUUAAUCGUAAAUUCGCAGGUGUCGCCUGUAUUCUGAAUGCAUGUGUCCUGUGAUCCAGACUGGUUUAAACCAGGUGAACCGCUACACCAGCUAGCUACGACCACAGUGUGUGGCCCCUACCGCCGCACAAAACCAUGUCAUGACACAUGGAAAGAGGAACGAGUCAUGUAAGGACACGGUCAGCGGACAUUAAGUCACAGUGUACCAGUGCUUAGUUGUCAGUGUGUGGUCUCGCACACAAACUCUGUCCCCUGAUCCUGCAAGGAAGGGGUUUGGUUUCAGGUGACGUACUGAUGCAGAUGUUACUACGUAGGCCUUGUAGGUCUUUCGUUUAUCAGUUCAUCUGGUUGCCUUUUCGCCAUCCAUUAAGUGUAAUAGUUCUUUUUGUACAGUGAUGGUUCCAGACUCUCCCCACCUCCCUACACUCCUACUUUUAGUGUAAUUCAUUUGCCAGAAAAGAGACAAAACACA